AUGCCCGAACCAACAGAACAGACGCCCAAGGAUCUGGAUUGGGCAAAUGACCCUGACAAUGCAAAGAAUUGGUCGACAUCCAAAAAGCUCUAUAAUACCGCCGUCCCCGCGUUGCUUUGCUUUUUGAUAUCAUUCGGGCUCGCAAUUUACUCCCCUUCUCACACUAGCGCCCAGGAGGACUUUCAAAUCAGCUCCACGUUGGCCCUUCUCCCCUUCACGCUAUAUGUAUACGGCCUCGCAUUUGGUCCGGCAGUUUCGGCACCACUGAGUGAAACAUUCGGGCGAAGAUUCAUUUACGUCUUCGUGACCCCAAUCGCAUUGCUUUUCAUACUUGGCGCUAGCUUCGCGAAUAACAUCGCAGCACUCGCUAUAUGUCGACUAUUAGCCGGUGUCACUAUCUCUGCACCACUGGCGGUUGGUGCGGGGACCAUCAUGGACAUGUGGACGGGACCAAAUACCAACCGCGGUGUGGUCCUGAUCAUGACCAUUGCCUUUCUGGGACCAGCACUUGGCGAACUGGUUGGAGGCUGGAUUGCCCAGUAUAAGAACUGGCAAUGGUCACUGUGGACUACAUUGUUUCUCGGCGCGGGCGUCUGGAUAUUCGCACUGGGCGCGAAGGAGACUUAUGCUGCUCCUCUGAUGCGUCGUAAGGCCCAGAAACUUGGACUCCCGGUACCUCCUGCUCCGAUUCCCACUGGCCUAGCUGGGCUCCGCAUUUUGUUUACGGUCACCAUGGUGAGACCGCUUUAUAUGCUAAUCCGUGAGCCCAUUGUGCUACUCUGCUCACUCUAUUCUUCUCUGAAUUUCUCCAUCCUGUUUUGCUUUUUGGCGUGUAUUCCGCUAAUUUUCGAGACAACGUACAACUUUACACCGGGAGAGAGUGGGCUGGUGUUGAUUGGCAUUGCGGUGGGAUGCGUUUUUGGGGGUCUCGUUCUAGUCCUCUUGGACUCCUUUACUCUGAAGCGCCAUGUUCGGAAAUUCAACUCUGCCACACCCCCACCCGAGCGAAUGCUAUGGGGCGCAAUGAUAGGAGGACCUUUUAUGGCAGCCUCGUUGUUCUGGUUUGCUUGGACUGCCCGGCCGGGAAUUCAUUGGAUGAGCAGCAUUGUGGCGACGGGCUUGUUUGGGUUCUCCAACAUUCUAGUCUUCGUCUCGACAAUGCUCUACUUGACCAACGUCUACGGUGCCAAAUCUGGAGCAUCGGCCCUCGCGGCCAACGGGCUACUGCGAUAUCUCGUUGGUGGCUCAUUUCCCUUAUUCACGAUUCCGAGUAUGUCAAUUUAUCUGGUCCCUCUGCGUACCUCUCUAAUAGCAUCUUCAGUGUACAAGAACCUUGGCUACGAAUGGGCAUCAAGCUUGCUUGGAUUCCUAGCGGUCGCAUUUGCCUUUCUGCCAUGGAUCUUCUACAUCUUUGGCAGCAAGGUCCGUCAAUCUAGUGCAUACACCCCGGACUCCAAGCCACGCUAG